ACGUGUACGUCAUUUUCACAAUGGCGGAGGCUGGGUGAGGAGGACAGUGUGUGUGUGAAGCGGCGCCGUAAUCGUUAGAGCGACAUUGCCCGUAUUACGUGCACGGUGCCCGAAAAUGGCCCUGAACCCCAACGCGGUGGGGAAAAGGGACUCAGAAUGUACCGAGACGGACGAUCACCAGCCGGAGGGUGGCGAACCCCUGAAGAAUUCAGCCGCCACCUCGGCCACAGCCAACCAAAAUGGCGAUCAGCCUGGAUGUGGAGACAGUGUAAUGCCCGAACAAGAAGCCCCUGAGCGGCGGAGGAGCGUGCAGACGGACGCCCGGAGCUUUAGCAGUUCUCCCUCACCGGGCCAGAGACCGAGCGAAGAGCUGCCACGGAGAAAUUUUCAAAUCCCGAGGAAGAUAAAAGAACGGAAAGGCUUGUACCAGUUUCUGCCCCCCGACAGCCGGGAGUUUGAGAACCUCGUGAAGAUCGUCUCCUCGUUUUACCUAGACUCCAAAUCACGAGGAACCUUCUCCUACUGCAAGGCCAGGCUAAUACACAAUGAGCUGCUGGAGAAGGAGUUCAUCGAGAAGCGGAGAGAAAUGAAGCAGGAGGGGCGGACAGAACAAGAACUGACUGAGUCGUACUGUUUCCUUUAUCCGGACAAAUCCAAGCUCCAGUGGAUCUGUGAGAAGGGUCUGUCUGUUGGACACUCGAGGAUUACGACACUAGGAAAUCCAUCAAUGGGUGUCUGUCUCUCCAAAUAUUCUGAUUUGUUACAAAUCAAUCCCUUUGAAGUGGGCUCUUCCGGAGACAUGAUCAUUUUUAAAGUUAUGAGGGGUCGAAUAAAGCACAUCCAUGAGAACAUGCCUAAGAAUGCUAUAGAACCUACACCCAAGUUUGACUGUCACUUGUCUAAAAGUGCCAAUAGGGUUACGUCUCUGCUGUCUUACAGGGCUUUUGAGCUCACACAGCAAUAUUUUUUCGAGUUUGCAUUUGACGAGAUCAAGGCACGACCUAGGCACGUGUGCCCCUACGCUGUGGUUUCCUUUCAGUACAAAGGCAAGGAGGCUGCAGCAACUCCUAUGACUGCACACAGGUUUAACACUAUUUCCCCUGAAGGAAGUAAAGGGAAGAGCUGCUACACUCUGUGGAGUGGUCCACUAGUGAACAAGGGCCAGGAGUUAUUCCCAAUCUGUUUACGAUCCUCCUCGCGCCCCUACCUCCCUUUCAAACUGCCUGAGAAGCUGGAGGUAAAUCGGGGCAUGCAGCUGGAGCAGGUGAAGCGAAAGAUUCCCUCUGUGCUUUUUUCUUGGGACACCUACAGCGUAUCACGGGAAGUGAUGAAGUGUGGGAUGUCCUGCAGCCUGUUUGAGGUGGUGGAUGGAAAAGGCAAACCAACCUGCGGCAGCUUGGCAGCGCUGGUCAACAAACUGGAGAGGGACAGGAUGGUGCUGGUGAAGUCCUUGUUUGACAGGGGCUUUCUCUUCCUGCUCUCCUCAGCUCAGAUGGUUGAGUCCAAAGAGCGGCGGGGGCGGGUGGAGAAGAACCUGCAAGCAUUAUUCAUCUUUCAGGAGUCAAGGAUGGUUGUCAAGUAUUCAUCAAGACUGUUCGAGCCAGAGCCGCUGACAGUGGAGCCCCAGCCUGCUAUGCUGUUCUCCAUGGAGCCCUUCAUCCCUGCUCUUCACUACGCCUUGUUCAAGUUGCGCCUCAACCCAGGCAAGGACGUGAGCUCUGGGGCGGAGCGCCAGGCCACCGAAUACCUAACUCGUAUGGAUUCGGGCACGGUGCGGCCGUUCAUUCUGCCCGAUUACAAACAUAAUGUGGACGAUAAGACCAACCCGCUUCAAGUGCCCAGACCCAAAUUUAACAUGGAGUCCGUGCUGCGUUCUUACGUCCACAACCCUGCCAACUACAUUUUACCUCUCAACAAGGCGAAGGACAUCAUUGAAAGGAUACGGAACCCUGUACCCAUACCCACACCGGCACCAGUGGAAUACAGCCCCGUUUCUGACUGGGGUGGCUCGGACAGGGGCUCAGACAGGGCAGAGAGACCAGCAGAAAGGCUGCCGCAGGAGAGGCCGCCUCCAGAAAGGCCAGCACCGGAGAAGCCAACCCCUGACAGCAGCAGACGGAGGUCAGGGUUGGCCCAUUCUAACGGGGCCCAGUUGCAGCACAAGUCCCACAUUGAGUCCCAACCUCAGCCCCCUCAGAGGUUGCGGCUGUCCCAGAACGAGUAUGAUAAAGACAAGAUGAAGCAGUUGCUUAAGCUAAUCCAGCUCCAUAAGAAAGCACUAGUGAAGGAUCCUGGGAAGGAACGGGGCGAGGACGGGACUUGGGACGUCAACAGUCUGAAGAGAAAGUUUGAGGGAGAUGAAAGGGGGGGCAUGAAUAAACACCAACGCACAGACCCGCUGAGUAAUGGGGAACCCAGUAGAGGAGCCCAAGCAGAUGAGAUCGGAGAUGAGGGUGGACAGAGCGACAAUCUGACAGCAGUGAUGGAAAGCAUGGGCAUCUAUGACACUGACCUGAGGGCUCAUGGUAACACCAACGCCUCAGCAGUCAACGAGACUCAACGCCUUCUCAAGAUCCUCCUGGCUACUCUUAACAAAGCCGUGGCUCAGGGUUCAAUGUCUGUGCAGUCAAACCACGGUGAACCGUCGACCGGUUCAGGAAGGGCCGAACCGGCCUUCAUUGACCCAGAUCUUAGGAAACAAACUGAGCCAGUGUCACAAACAAACUACACAGAGGAGGACAUGGACUGUAGCCCUGGUAGUCCACUCAGCGCCGGCUCCCCGCCAGAGCAAGCUCACACCUCAGACAACACGAGUUGGGUUAACCCCGUGAAUGAAGACAAAGCCCAGCCUUUUCCCGAGCCAGAGCCCGAGCCAGAGCUGGAGCCUGAGCCGGAGGCUGUGACGGUUGUAGACAGCUUCCCAGAGCCGAAGACAUCUGCAGCCACGGAAGCAAAAAAGGCAGCUGCACCAUCCACGUUACCAGUCGUUGAGGAAGUUUCCUUCAGGCCCUCGAUCAGCCUGGACACCAUACUCAACCAGGAAGUUCACAGUCUUACCUCUGACAUUAAAAAUAUCAUGCAGACUCACCACAUCUGCUAUACGUCGCAGCAACCCCCGCGGUUGCCUCUACGCCACUGCUGGCUGCCCAACAGCUGCUUCUCAGACUUUGUUGUACCCUUUGUCUCCCCUGUCCCUGUUCAGGGGCAUGUCAGAGCACUGUGUGAGAAGAUGGACACGUUGAUCCCAUCCCCACCUGCUCCCUCCAAGGUCACUUCACCACCUCCCCCAGUGACAACAUCUAAUCUUACAACACCACCCCCCACCCCUGUCCAGACUUCCAAAAGUAAAGCAGAGCCCGCCCUGUCGAAGAGCACCACCUCUUCUCAGAGUGGUAAAGUGGUCGCUGUCAAGGAGAAGGCGUCCACUAAGGCUAAAACAGACGGCCCAUCAGCAGAGCUGGGGGGAGAGAUUUAUUCUCCCUCUCAAGUCACACCAGACUCUCCAGAACUCAACUCAAAAAACCCAGGCCAUGCUUCCGGGAGCGGGUCUGGCCUGCUGGCUGGCAGCCUCAUUGGUCAGCUGAAGCCUGAGGUUUUCAGCAGCCUGGUGGAGAUCUUUAAGGACGUCACAAAGAAUACAGUCAAAUUCUACAUCUACUCUGGGGAUGAGGGGGAGGAGAGCACUGUCUGCAAGGAGAUCAAGGAGUACUUGAAGAGUCUAGGCAACAGCGAGUGCAGCCCACAGACGUUCCUAGAAAAUAGCGGCAGUUUAGAUAAGCUCCUCAUCAUCAUUCAGAAUGAGGACAUCGCUGCACACGUGCACAAGAUUCCGGCUCUGGUGUCUUUGAAGAAGUUGCCUUCGGUGAGCUUUGCUGGAGUGGACACUCUCGACGACGUCAAGAACCACACUUACAAUGAGCUGUUUGUGUCUGGAGGCUUCAUGGUGUCUGAUGAGUUUGUCCUCAACCCUGACCUUAUCACACAGGAUCGUUUGCAGGGGCUGCUGAAGUUCUUGGAGGAGCAGAGCACCCCGGAACACCCCUGGCAGUGGAAGGUGCACUGCAAGUCCCAGAAGAAGCUUAAAGAACUGGGGAGGUUAAACACCAACGCCAUGGGGCUGCUGAACCUUCUUACAGCCUAUCAGAAGAAGCACCUAGUGGAGUUCCUUCCCUAUCACGAGUGUGACACCCAGUCGCGUCAGGCUCCAGAUCUGGAAUGCCUAAUCAAGCUCCAAGCUCAGCACACGCAACAGCGGCACCUUAUCUUCCUCACAGAGAGGCCAUUUGAGAUGUUCCUACAGUACUCCAGAAAUGGGAUUGUGAUAGGAAGCAUUGAUGACGUUAUGAGCGGUUUCCACAGUCUGAUUGGCUCCAUCAAUCAGAACGAGCUUCCAACACCGCCCUCUACAGUAGUGAAUGAUGAGUGUGUGGAAGAGGAGGACAUGUCAUUAGACUCUGAUGACGGUGAGCCACCCACCAUAUCGGAUCCCUCAGAGCAGAACCAGGAGGUUGAGGAGAGGAAGCCUCCACAGCCGCCUCCACCAGAGAUGGAGGAGUUUCGUCCUCCACUCCCAGAGCAGCAGUCCACCCCCGAGAGAACUCCAACGCUGUCUGACUACAGCGCUCUCAAAACAGCCAUCUCUCAGUUCAAAGCCACCAACCAGAUCGGUAUAGGCUCUUCAGACAUUGGCAGCUUAUCGCCAGGAGGCUUUCCUGUGAAUCCCCACCAGAGCUUCCUGUGUCCCUCAGCCUCCUGGUCAUCCUACACUGGCUCUUCUAGCUAUGCGGCCUCCCCGGCCUAUCCUGCCUCGCCUUGCAGUGGCACCCAGGAACAGGAUUACCGCCCCCCAGGCUCAGCCUCUGCCACAGUCCCAACCCCCCCUGUCAUGGCCACACCAGGACCUCUAGCCAAACUGGCCUCCCUCCCCUUGGAAGUCAAACCUCCUCCUCCACCUCACCUCAUGAUGCUGGGCCACACGUAUGGCUCGGACACUGGAGGAGUAGGGGCUGCUGGGAACUCUCCGCUCACCACCUCCAUCCCCUACACAGACCAUAAUGACUUAGCCCAGCCAGGUUACAUGGCUGGCAUUCCUAAAAAUACUAGUGUGACCCCGAUGCAACACGAUAGGACACGCAGUGGACCUGGGGAAGGUGUAUGGGGGGCAGCAGGGACCAGUACUUGUGAGACUGUUAUCAGCCAGGGUUUGGUCACAUGUGGCCCAGUGGACCCAAGUGGGCUCCCUAACACUGGGGAAACCCUCGGAGGUAGCACCCCUGGUAGUCAGGGGGGCAGGACUCAGGUGAAUUGCGCUGACAAGCCUGGACCUACUGUGGGCCUUCCCGCAGUGGCCACCAGGGGGGGCUCAGUAGUCAGACCUAAGCCUCCACAUCAAGUGUGUGGUGUGGGCUAUGGUAGUAUAGGUGGCAUCCCUGGACAGAUGGACCACGGGCCUAUGCGCGGUGGUAUGGGUCCUGGUUCUUUAGGGAGCUACCGAGGGAGAGGAGUACCCCCAGUAGGACUUUGGCCUCGGCCAGGACGAGGACAUGAUCGGGGGGGCGGGACUGGAGGUGGACUUUGCUCUUGGGGUUACCCAGCAGGCAGGGGUGGGACACAGAAUUACUACUCGGACUACUCGUACUCUCACAAUUAUGCCCCCGAAUAGACAAUCAGUGUGAUCAAAUGGGGCAACACAAACGCCAUACUCUGGAGACUGUUAGAGCUGGCUGAAUGUAUAUAUUUCCUUGUCAAACACAAUGAUUUAAAUCAGUAAAUAAGGAACCUGGUUUUCUACAUUAAUAAAAAUUGAUACAGGCAGUGCCGAGUGUCCUACUGUCAUAUAAAACUGUAUGUACACUCUUUCCAUGUGAGCUAUUUGAGACCCUGUUCAAACCACUAUAUUUAUAUUUGCCAACAAAUGUUAAUGGCCUUCCAGCUUCUCGGAACUUAUCAUGUUAUUUCUGUUUGUCCGGUUUUGAAACGGUUUGUGAACAAGGGGAAAGGCUGAUAUUUUUUUAAGGAAAAAAAAAAAAAUCUAGUGAAGGAAAUUUCACUUUUGCUGUUGGUUUUCUUUUUUUUUAUUUUACAUAUUGUUGUUGUUAAAUUCUAUUAAAAUAAAACCUUUCAAAUCUUGUUUGUGUGACCAGUUUGAUGACGGUGUCAAGCAAACUAUUAAAAAUAUCAACCACA